CGGGGCGCUGCGCGGGGCAGUGCGCGAUGGGGCCGGGCAGCGCGGGGGUAGCGCUGCUGGCGCUGGCGGGGCUGUGCGCGGCGCAGUACGAGGAGUACAGCGUGCGCGGGUUCCCCGCGGCUGCGCUGGAGCCGCUGCAGGGCGCUUACGCGCGGGCGCUGGCGCAAUACGCGGAGGCGCAGUGGGAGGAGAGCGCCCGGGAGCUGGAGGCGAGCCUGAGGCUCCACCGCCUGCUGCGCGACAGCGAAGCCCACUGCCACCGCCGCUGCUCCGCGCAGAACCCCGCGCAAGACCUCGCGCAAGACCCCGCGCAAGACCUCGCGCAAGAUCCCGCGCAGGAUUCAGCACAGAAUUUAGCACAGGACCCCGCGCAGGAGGAGGAGGAGGAUCAGGAGGAUUCCGCCGCCUGGGAAUGGGAGCGGGAGAUGCAGCUCUUCGGGCAGCUGCUGCGCCGCGCAAGCUGCCUGCGCGCCUGCAAACGCGACCUUCCCGUUUUCCAGCUGCGCUACCCCCCCGCGCAGACGCUGCGCGAUUUUCAGCGCCGCAUGCCCUACCAGUACCUGCACUACGCGCUCUUCAAGUCCAAUAAGAUCGAGAAAGCGGUCUCCGCUGCCCACACCUUCCUGCAGAAGAACCCCAAGCACGAGAUGACCUUGAGGUACCUCAACUACUACAGGACGAUGGUGGACGUUGAUGAAUACCUGGUCGACCUGGAGGCUCAGCCCUACGAGCCGAUAUUCGUGCGGUCGGUGAAGCUCUACAACAACGGGGAUUUCCGGAGCAGCGCAGCUGACAUGGAGCAGGCGCUGACUGAGUACUACAAAGCGUACGAGGACUGCCUGGCGGGCUGCGAGGGCGCUUACGAGGUGCAGGAGUUCAAGGACUUCUACCCUGCCAUCGCAGAUCAUUUCGUGAGCGUGCUGCAGUGCAAGGUGGACUGUGAGACCGAGCUCACCCCCAACGUAGGCGGCUACUUCGUGGAGAAGUUUGUGGCCACCAUGUACCACUACCUGCAGUUUGCCUACUACAAGCUGAACGACAUGCGGAACGCGGUGCGCAGCGUCUCCAGCUACAUGCUCUUCGACCCUGGUGAUGCCGUGAUGCAGCAGAACCUGGUCUACUACCGCUUCCACCGCGAGCGUUGGCGCCUGCAGGAGGAGGACUUCGAGCCCCGGCCGGAAGCCGUGCGCUACCACAACCGGACGGCUGCCCAGAAGAAGAUGCUGGACUUUGCCAAGCAGUACCUGCAGGCUGACGAUGAGAUGGAGGUGGACGGCGAUGAGGGGCCAGAGGUGCAGGACCAGCCUUCCGACGGCGAGUUCGAGGGCGAAGGCGACUACGAGGAGGGAUUCUUUGCAGAUUGGUGGCAGGAACCCAAGACCAAAGGGGACAAAGCUGACCAAGAGACCCUGGAAUAAGUCAGGCGAAGAGGUGCCUGGCCCUGAUGGAGCUGGGUGGUGGUGGCCCUGAUGGAGCUGGAUGCUGGUGGCCCUGCUGCAUCAUGCCGUGGGGGCUUUGGGCUCCUGCCAGCUGCCACGCAGAGACUCGGGCUUGCGGGGAUGGGCUCAUCCUGCCCAUCUGGACAUCUGCUUCCUUGAGCACAGCCCGAUUCCCAUCGGUUGAGCGCCGGCACUGCCAAAUCUCCCUGCUCUCCCAGGAGCUCACCCCAGGCCACCACUGCCCUCGAUGUCCGCAGGAGCCCUGGCCAGGGGGGAAGCCCUGCAGCACUGUGGUUUACUGUGUCCCUCAGCUCCUCUCCAGGAUGUGUGGACAGUGCGCCAGGACUGACCCCUGUGUUGUCUUGAGGGUUUGAGGGCUGCCCUGGCUCUGGAAGCAACACCCGCUGCUGUCGGAGCCAGGCAUGGGUGCUGGCCCUGCUCCUCCUCAGGGCUCUCUGAGCUCCUAUCCAGGUCCCUCCAGCUUCCCAGCCCACCCCCAGAGCCCGGGAUCCCUUCGGAGCCCACAGCCCGGUGCUACAGCGGAGCUCCCGGUGUGUCAGCAUCCGCGUGGCUGCAGCGGAGCGAGGCUGCGUCACCCGUGCCCUGCGUGUGCCUUGAAUUUUCACCACACCAACCCUCUAUAGCCUUAAGCUCUGUUAAUUUAAUAAUUCCCAACUUGCA